AUGGCUGAGCUGGAAAGAGAUUUUCCCGUGGGCAUCUGUGAAUUUAAUGACUCCAAUUUGACUGGAACAGGGUCACCAGCUGCAGUUUACAGUGGCAGAAAAGAUCAUAGCAGUAUUGUGCUCCCCGUUAUAUUUGGCAUCAUAUGUUUGGUGGGGACCAUUGGAAACUGCAUUGUUAUCUACACCAUAAACAAAAAACCAAAGGGUAACCACAAUAUUGCUGAUAUCUUCAUUGUGAGUCUGUCGGUGACUGACCUCCUCUUCUUGCUUGGAAUGCCGUUCCUAAUCCACCAACUCCUGGGAAAUGGUGUCUGGCAUUUUGGAGCUACCAUGUGCACUAUUAUUACCGCCCUGGAUGCCAAUAGCCAGUUUGCCAGUACAUACAUCCUCACUGCUAUGUCUGUUGAUCGCUACCUUGCAACAGUCCAUCCCAUCCGUUCUUCAUAUGUGAGAACAACCUGUGCUGCUGCUAUGGUAAUCUUGAUGCUGUGUCUUUGUUCUUUAAUAACUAUCAUACCAGUAUUUAUGUACACCCAACUCAUUGAGCUUCCAGAUGGCAAUGCCGGAUGUGGCAUCAUCUUACCCAAUCUCUCAAUAGAUAUCUACUGGUACACUCUUUAUCAGUUCUUCUUGGCUUUUGUUAUUCCUCUUCUCAUCAUCUGCAUUGUUUACAUCAAGAUUCAGAAACAUAUUUCUUGUGUAGUUGUUCCACUGCCUCAAAGAAACUUCAGAGCUAGGUCUAAAAAGAUCACAAGAACUUCAGUAACAAUCUGCUUAGCCUUCUUCAUUUGUUGGGCACCAUAUUACAUUUUACAACUGGCCCAUCUCAAAGUUGUGCACCCUACUGUCAUGUUUCUGUACGCUUAUAACGUUGCUAUCAGCCUUGGCUAUGCAAAUAGCUGCAUUAACCCUUUCAUUUACAUUGUGUUGAGUGAUACCUUUAAAAGACAUUUAAUAAAGGCGGUCUGCCCAGGACAACAAGUGCGAAGAAAUGAAAGACACACUGCUAGCGAGGUCAGUCCUUCUGUUAGAAUAUGCUCUGUUCCAACACAAGAAACGUCCUUGAGUAUGAUGUAUUCUCACAACAUAGACAAUUAUAUUUCUUUGUCUGUGUCAGUUCCAUAA